AAUCGUAUCCCAAAGGAAAUCCACCAAGCACAAGUCAGAGAACAAAACAGACCAUAACCGAGCAGCUACUGAUCACGAAACACAAACAGUCAAUUGUAGCAAAAAGCAACCUAUCAAGCGUACGACUAAAGAACAAGACGAGGCCUGUGAAACUCAACGUCGCGAUAAACAAUCACGGACGCAGAUUGAUCAUCGGAAACUUGUAAACGUGGCCAUUCCAGGAGUGAUUCUAUGCGUGAAUUCUGCACAGUUGCGUAAAAGCACCAAAGCUAACACCCAGAUAAACACAUUCCCAGGCGCUAAA